AUGUCUCUUUUUUCCAAAAGAGUUUAUAGAGCAAUUAAAACAAUUUUAGUUUCUCCUUAAGGAGAAAUCUUGACAUUAAUCAUUAGAAUUAUUUCAAUCUUAAUUCUGUUAUACCUAGAUACCCUUAACGAUUUGAGCAACAACAUUUAAUAUCAAAUAAUAUCCUAAGAUUCAUAAAUACUUUCGCUAGAGAUGUUGAAUAAAAAAUUAAUCUCUCAUUAAUAUUAUAAGGACAAAUUUUUAAAUGCUAGUUUACAUGUUUUAAAAGAAAAUUUUUGGGAUUUAUUUGUUGAUCCUAAUGAAUUUGAAGUACUUUUAUCUGGAUUUAGAUUAAUAUAAUAUUAGAUCUCUUAUUCUGUUGAUUGUCAAUAUGAUGUUUAGAAAAUAGAGACUGAUUUUGAAGAACAAUAAAAAUUUAUUAAUAGUUUAUCAAGUAAUUGCAAUCCAGCAAAUAGUGAUGCACUUUCCUUUUUAUAGCCUUAAUAAUUUAUGUAAAACAAUACUCAAUUAUGUUUAUAUUCAACUGAGUGUUUUGAAUUUUAGUUAAAAAAUAUAUUUAAAAAUACUUAUGAAGGAAUUCUUUAACGAUAUGCAGAAAAUUAGAUUAAAACAAAAUAAUUUGGAACUUAUCCUAAUAAAGCAUUUAUAGCUGAUAUUAAAUUCAAUAAUCGUGAAGAAAUGGAAUAAAUGUUCGAUAAAUUAAUUCUAAAUGAUUGGAUUACAAAUAAUACUAUUGCUCUUGCUAUUUAGUUUAAUAGAAUCAACAAAUUUAAUAAUGUCAUCUAUUAAAACAAUUUUGUUCAAUAAUUUUUUGAAACAUCAGAAUAAACCUUUGAAUAUUCAAUUAAUUAAAUAAAUACAAAUUCAAUGAAUUCCUAAACUUGGUAUUCAUUUUCAAUUAUCUUAAUUGUAUUUAAUUUCUUUUUUAUCAUGAAAAUAAUAUUUGAAGGCUCAAUUGAUCCAAGAGCGACUUAAUUAUUAGUAUUUUUGGUAUCAAUAUUAGAAUCUGCUUUUUCAGUUCUUUGCACACUUGAAUCUGCAGUUUUAUAAAGUGAUAUUCAAGAAGCAUUAAAUGAUUAAAAUUGUUUAUUAAAUAAAAAUGUGUAUUAUUGGAAUAAAGGCUUUCCAAUGCUAUCUACUUGUCAUAAUUAUAUUUUGUUAGAUGCUACUUAUUAAAUUUAAUAAAUAAGAUUAAUUUUUAUGGCUUUUGUUUUAUUAUUCAUUCCAUUUAAUGUAUUCUGGAUUUUCAGUUAUUUAAAGGGGACUGAAUUGAUAGUUAAAUUUAUUAAUUUAAUAUAUAGAACUACAACUCAUUUUUUUAAAAUGUUUUUCAUACGAGCUGCUUAAUAUAUAACUUGGUCUUUAGCUUUUUAUAUUGCAUUUCGUAAAAAUUUUGAAACUUAUGAUUCAUAUGCUAGUUCAUUAUAUUGUAUGAUAAUUUGGUCAAUUCCAAAUAAAGAAAAUGAAUGGGAAAGAGGAGCAAUGAAUACUGGUUAAAUAACCAAUGCUUUAUUAAUUGUUCUAUUUAUGGUAAAUAAUAUUAGGAUAAAUUAAGGUAUGUAGAAUAUAUGUCAUUCUUAUGGUUUUGAGUUUCACAUCUAUUUCAAUUUAAUCAGCAAGUGAUUUCGAAUUUGAUACUAGAUCACCAUUAGCAAUUUAAAAUUUAGAAAAUAUUCACUAAAAUAUCAAAAAGUUAGAUAAAUUCUAAAAGAACUAUUUAAGUGAUCAUGAAUAAAAUAAAUUAGAAAAUGGAAAGUUAGUUGCGUGGCUUAAUUUAAAUAUUAAGGAUUUAAUAUAAUAUUAAUAAAUUAUCUAAGAGUGUAUUCAAGUAAUUUAAAUUUAUUAAUUGUUAGAAAUAAGUUAAAUUAUAACAAUUUUAAAAUAUAUCAGAUUUAUCUCAAUUUGUUAGCUUUUUAUUUUAAAUAAAACCUUAAUUAUUGUUUAAGUCUUAAGUUUAUUUUAGAAUUAUUCUAGAUUUGGAACCUUUAGAUUAAUCUCAACAAAAUUAACCUCUCUAUUUAAGAAGAGAAGAAAGAUAAAAUGAAUACAUAAAUUUAGUAAGAUUUUUUUAAAGAUUGAAAGAUAAAGGUUCUAGAGUUCCUUUAUUAUUAAAUUAUAGUUAAAAGAAUAGACCUGCUGAUAACAUAAUAAUUACUUUUUUUAAAAUUUAUCCUUAUAUACAUCUGAAUAGUGGAAAUUAUGAUUUAUUUAAAGAAUUUAUUCUAAGCAAAGAAGUUAGGUAAUGGUAAAAACGAGUGUAUAUUCGAGAUGAAGAGAACUAAGAUUUUGAUGAAGAAGAAAGUGAUGCUAACUAAAUAAAUUGA